UCUCCUAUCAGUCCUAUGAAUCAUUUCCUGGCUUCAGACUUGCAGGAUAAGGUAGGGACUUCAGAAGUGGCUGUCCCUCUUGGAAUAGACUGAGGUUCCAGCAGAAGCCCCAACAAGCUCCUUUCUUCAGGAAUUCUUACAGUCGGGAGGCAGGGACACCAGAACCAAUGGCGAUUCUGACUCAAUUGCACUGCCACCAGUGGAGGGAAGACUCAGCAAGUUCUUCCAUCCGUGGCAGGAUAUCACUCAGGACAGGUGGGCACUCAAGAUUGUCAGGGAGGGAUACAAGAUAGAGUUGAUGGAGUAUCCACCUGCCAGGUUUCUUCCUUCACCUAUUUCCAGGUCCAGCGUGAAGAUGCAAGCGGUCUUAAACAAGAUUUGUCACUUAUUAGACAUCUCUGCGAUUGAGGAAGUGCUUUCUGAGGAGUUUUUCUCAGGGCUCUAAGUCUUCUUGGUAGGAAAGAAGGACAGCACGUGGUAAUCUAUCUCAAGUUCCUCAACCAAUUUGUUACCCAAUGGAAAUUCAGGAUGGAGACCCUUUCAUCCAUAAGGGAGGCCCUUCAGCCCCAGGACUUCCUAGCAUCAGUGGACUUGAAAGAGGCCUAUCUGCAUGUCCCAAUAUUCCCAGCACACAGGCGGCUGUUAACGUUUUUAUUACAACGGGGGCCAUUAUCAAUUCAAAGCCCUACCUUUGGGCCUGGCCUCAGUGCCGAGAGUUUUUAUCAAAGUAAUGGUGACAUUGGUGGCCAGUCUUCGGGUGCAAGGUGCCAUAACUCCCAAAGUGCCAUGACUCCUUUCUUCAAUGUUUGAUGGUCAGUUGACCUCAUUCCUAACACACUGUGUUUCUAUUAAGUUUGUUGUGUGGUUGAGUGUUCUCUUGUCUAUGUGCCAUGCUUUCAUCCUUGAGUUUUCUGUUGUGGCUGGCUUCUGGAGCUUUUCCAAGAAAUGAACUGAGCCUCAGCAAGAGGGGAGGAGCAAAAGAAUUUGCUGAAGCAUUUCCUGUCUCUGAACUGUAUGGGGAGCUACACUACCCACUUGGAGACCUCUUGUCAUCCAAGAAGAAACACCGUUUACAGUGUUCCUUUUAGCGGACACCUUUUCAGACCAAGUGUUCUUGACACAGACCUCUUGAGCAUAUAUCUGAAAUUACGAGUUUUUGCCCAAUGUGCAUCACUUCUUCUUUACAUUGAAUUGCAUUUGCUAUAUAAAGUCAGAGCACCCUAGCGAGGGAGCCUGCUCCACGAGUUAGAGGGAGCCCCAGCUGAUGAAGUGUCAAGGCCCCAGCUGACAAAGCGUCAAGGCGAGUUAAGCAACAGAGCGAAAAGAGGAUCCUGCUGUCUCUGCUCCUGCCCUGGCAGACGCGUUUGCGAAGUCAGAUUGAAGAAGCACUGGACAUGGAAUUGAUAAAACAGGAGGCUGAGCAUGAGGCUUUGAAUAUCCCCAACCUCACCACUUACAUCUUGGGCACAAUGGCAAUGCUGUGUGCACCUGUUAGAGAUGAGGAAAUACAGAGACUACGAGUCGUGGCAGACCCAGUUCAUUUGCUCAGAGAGAUCUUCAGAGUUCUGAACUUAAUGAAAAUGGAUAUGGCAAAUUUUACCAUACAACGCCUUCGACCCCAUCUCCAAGAGCACUCUGUUCAGUAUGAAAGAAAUAAAUUCAAGGAGCUUCUGAACAAGCUACCUGGCAGCCUCACUUGCACAACUGAGUGGCUGCGCAAGGCAGCAGCUGAAGUAUCAACCUCUGAUCUGUCGCCCUCCUCAUCCAACUCUGAGACCAAUGGAUCACCUCUUCCAUUCUCCUCUAUGGCUGCUAGAGAAGUUUCAUCUAUCCGGAGUCCUACAGCUGUGUUAAACCAAGCAUACAUGAACUUGCUGCGCUGGGAGCAUGGAAGAGAAUAUCCUGAGACUCUAUUGAUGGACAAAGCCCGCUUGCAUGCCCUUCAGAUAGAAGUGAAUCAGCUAGCCAUGAUUGCUGCAGUCCUACUAGUGAGCAGCAGUACAUGUGGAAGUGGGGUGUUCAGCUCACCAGGGUGCGGCGAUAGGCUGAAACGGGUAACAAAAGCCCUUCUGGAAGGACUCCCUGACACAAGGUUAGAUGAUGUUUUAAUGGAUAUCAGCAAUCAAAUACAUCAGGAAGUCAAUAGGAUACUUCUCCAGUUGGGGUACCCUGCUCUCAGCACUGACAAGGCUUCUUCACUUAAAGGCCAACUAAGGAGUCUUGCUCAGAAGGACAAUGCAGUACGGAUCCUAAUUGAGCAGCGGAUCCAAGCUUUUUUUAGGUGUUGCUUGUAUCCUGGUGGUCAGAACUCUAACAAUCUACUCCAAGGUCUUGCUUCUAUUCAAGAAGAACUUCUGGAAGUUGGCCAGACAUUUGGCAGUUUGAUUCAUCACAACAGACAGGUGUUUGGUCCCUACUACUCAGGAAUACUGAAGAAAUUGCUGCUUCCAGAGGUAGUCUGAAGCAGGGACAGAUUCCUGUUAACCAUCUCAAGUAAGGCAGUGCACAUGGCGGCAGGGAGAGGGGAGAAAAAGACUGGCAAUUGUUCAGACUGUGUUUUGGCUCAAAGUCUACUGCAAUCAACUGAGCAGCUGCCCUGCUCUGUGCUGUGGUAUCUAAAGCACUCAUACAGCUGGACUACUGAAGCUGUGGGAUACAGUUACAUAAAUACCAACUGACAAUGCCAAGUUUGCCGCAGUAAACCUUUAAACAGCUCAGAACGUUGUCUUGUGUUUUUAGACCAGCUGAUGCGCUUUCCAUCAAUUGGGAGGAGCAAAACUAGUAACUUGAUGUUGUAGCCAUUAAUGCAUAAGGUAGUCUUAGUUGAUUUCAAUGCAGCAUAAUUUACAAGCAUAUUCAGGAUUAAAGUAUUGUUAUAAUACACAGUACAGAAUAGUAUUCAUACUACAGCAACCCAUAUAGAGAGGUGUCUAAUUUUAUUAAUUUAGACUGUUCUAAAUCAUACAAUUAAGAAAAACAAACAACAAAACGACCGCUGGAAGCCCAGGAAUAUUUACAGUCUCGCCUUGUUGUAGUGAGGUCAGUCUACGUUGUUGCACAGAUUGGUUAUGUUUGGUACCACAAAAACUGGACAGAUUAACAUUUUUUUAUAU